AGAGCCCACCCGCCAUCGUCUCAACUCAACUUCCUUCGACUGGGGGGUUUGCGCAUAACGCGCCCACGGCGUAUUAUAGGAAGCGUCGUUCACCUCACAGAAAAGUCAAGACAGAAAUUAGCAGAGAAGCACAGAUUGGCACAUAAACAUGGAAAUAUAAAAAUUACAAACCGGGGGAUUCGAAGAAUAAGGCAGGAGGAAACAAAAGUGAUCGGAGGAAGAAGCCAGUAUCAAGGGAGGAAUUAAAACUUCAAAAGUCAAAUACAUAUUGUCGUUGGCAGAGUUCAACUUUCUCCACCAUCAAGCACACGCACGCAAGAGCAAGCCAACCACCUAAACCCUCCUUUUAGUUUAGCUCUUUCUCUCUAUCGACAGGAGGAUAAAAGCUGGAGAAGUAAGCGAGGGUGUAAACAUGGCUAAUAAUGCUGCUGCGUGUGUUGAGAGGGCGACCAGUGACAUGUUGAUUGGUCCGGACUGGGCAAUAAAUAUUGAGAUAUGCGAUAUUAUUAAUACAGACCCAGGGCAAGCAAAGGAUGCCUUGAAGACUCUUAAGAAGCGCCUUGGGAGUAAAAAUCCCAAAAUACAACUUCUUGCUCUCUUUGUACUAGAGACUCUCAGUAAAAAUUGUGGCGAUAACGUAUAUCAGCAGAUCGUUGAGCGAGAUAUCUUACAUGAAAUGGUCAAAAUAGUGAAGAAGAAGCCAGACCUUAAUGUAAGAGAAAAGAUAUUAAUUCUCAUAGAUACAUGGCAAGAAGCUUUUGGGGGUCCUGGUGGAAGGUAUCCCCAGUACUAUGCUGCAUACAAUGAGCUGAAGUCUGUUGGAGUUGAAUUUCCACCUAGAGAUGAGAACAGUGUACCUUUGUUUACUCCACCCCAAAGCCAGCCAAUAAUUUGUUCUGCUCCAAUGUAUGAUGAAGCAGCUGUGCAGGCCUCUCUUCAAUCUGAUCCAUCUGGUCUCAGCCUUCCAGAAAUUAAAAAUGCUCAUGGUGUAGCAGAUGUAUUAAUGGAAAUGCUUAGUGCCCUGGAUCCUCAUAAUCCUGAGGGGGUAAAACAAGAAGUUAUUGUGGACCUUGUUGAACAGUGUCGUUCUUACCAGAAGCGUGUCAUGAUUCUUGUGAACAACACAACAGAUGAGGAGCUUCUACGCCAGGGAUUGACAUUGAAUGAUGAACUGCAGCGUGUGCUUUGCCGACAUGAUGACAUAGUAAAUGGAAAACCUACUGAAGGAGCAGGAAAAACGGUCAAUCCAGUUGCACCUCUUGUAAAUGUGAACCAUGAAGACGAUGAAUCAGAAGAUGAUUUUGCCCAGUUAGCUCACAGAUCUUCAAGAGAUAAUGGGCUGGGGCAAGCUAGGAAGUCUGCCAAUGCUAAGAAUGACCAGAUAGCUGUUAGCCCACUUCUUCCUCCACCACCUCCAUCCAAGAAUCCAGUCAAUGCAGAUGCUGGCAUAGUUGAUUAUCUCAGUGGUGAUGUCUACAGAUCUGAAAGACCUGAGCUGCCAGAACGAACACCUCCUGCAGUGCCACUUCAUUCGGACAACACAAACUCUACCUCACCUCUGAUGCCAACAUACCCUUUCUCAUCCCCUCAAACUCAAGCAAAGGAAUUGACUUCAUCUUCUGUGUUUACAGGGCAGCCCAAAUAUGAUGAACCUGUACAAAGUAUGAAAUCCACUGAGCAAUUUCCUUCAGCUCCUUGGGAUAUCCAGCCUCCUAGCACUUUACCACCCCCACCUUCCAAGUAUAAUCAACGACAACAGUUCUUCGAACAACAGCAAGCUCUGUCUGGUGGUCCUUCCAAUGCUAGUGGUGGAUCAGGAUUGUCAUGUGAUGCAUUAGUAGGACAGACCCAGAAUCUCUCUCUAAGCCAAGGAAAGACUGAUACUCAGGAUUCAUCAAUCUCAACAAAACAAGUCAAACCGGAGGAUGCCCUCUUCAAGGACCUGGUUGAUUUUGCAAAGGCCAAGUCUUCUUCUUCUAAAUCUGGCGGUCAGAGAUCAUUUUGAGUGCUUGCUCAAUCUUGUGGAUUACCGAGGCAUUACUUGAUAGGUACUUGUUGGUUUACCAGGCUUUUACACCAGGAUGAGACUUUGAUAUUGAAUAAAAGCGGGUGGGAACUUUGGCUGGUGGUUUGUCCGUGUUAUGGUAGGAUAAUAGUUGUUUGAGGUUUGGACUCCCUGCGUUGUCUUCCACCAUUUGUUAUUAAUUUUUCUGUAGAAAGACGAUAUUCUUCAUGCGAUACAUCCAUGUGUAUGAAUGUGAUAGUCUUUUGCUUGAAUAUUUCAUGGAUGUAGGGGCCUCCCUACUCUCCCCAUUUGAUUUCC